GUGAGCAAAUUCAGUUUCCAAAACCUUGAGGUAAGCAAGCAGCCUUCUUUCUACAGUGCAAUCACAGAAUCAACCAAACCAAGGCAUGAUGAUGAUGGCUUCUCGUAAAACCCUCUCUAUGUUCCUGCGCUGCUCCAGAGUUAAUCAUGCCGAAAGCUUUGCUUUUUCUUCAACCCAAUUCUUUUCCACCAACAUUGUUGGCGAUUCCCCAAUUCUCGUUCGAGAUUUUGUUCAUUCCGCACUCUAUGAUCCCAAUCAUGGUUACUUCUCUCAGAGAUCGGGUUCCGUUGGCGUGCUAGAGAGAAGCAUCAAGUUCAAUAAUCUCCAAGGGAGGAAAGCUUAUAUGCAGCAUUUGAGUAAUAUCUACAAGCAGAAUGACAUAUCUUGGUUUACUCCCGUUGAACUCUUUAAGCCAUGGUACGCUCAUGCGAUUGCUGAAGCAAUUUUGCGAACUGCUAAUCUAUCAGUUCCUUUAAAGAUAUAUGAAGUUGGUGGAGGAUCUGGAACAUGUGCAAAGGGGAUAAUGGAUUACAUAAUGUUGAAUGCACCAAGCCGAGUUUACAGUAGCAUGACAUACACUUCUGUGGAAAUCAGCCCUUCACUUGCAAAAAGACAAAUGGAAACAAUUGGAGAAAAUCGAAGUCAUGCAUCAAGAUUUAAAGUAGAGUGUCGAGAUGCUGCUGACCGAGAUGGAUGGGGGGAUGUAGAGGAACAACCAUGCUGGGUUAUAAUGCUGGAGGUACUUGAUAAUCUUCCCCAUGAUUUGGUUUGCUCAGAAAACCAGGUUUCACCAUGGAUGGAGGUGUGUGUGGAAAGGAAGCAUGAUAGUGACGAACUGUCUGAACUAUAUAAGCCAAUAGAAGAUCCCCUGAUAUUGCGAUGCAUGGAGAUCAUGGAUAUGGAUAAAGAUCGUACAAAUCAAGAAAGCAAGAUAACUUCCUCAGCCAGAAGUAUAUGGGCUAAAGUUUUUCCAAAACCCGGAAGAUGUUGGCUGCCAACUGGGUGCUUGAACCUUCUAGAAGUUUUACAUGCAGCCCUACCAAAGAUGUCUUUAAUUGCCUCAGACUUCAGUUUCCUUCCUGAUGUGAAAGUUCAUGGUGACAGAGCUCCCCUGGUUUCAACAAAGAAAGAUGGCAGCAGUAAAGAUUAUAACAGCUAUUUAAAUGCAAAGGGUGAUGCUGAUAUCUUUUUCCCAACAGACUUUUGGCUUCUAGAACGCAUUGACCAUUAUUGCUCUGGAUGGGUGAAGGCUCAGAACGAUACAACCUCCAAGAAAGGGAGAAAAAGGCGAACCUUGACGCUAGACACAUCCUUAUUCAUGGAACAGUUCGGUCUACCCUCAAGGACAAGAACCAAAGACGGCUACAACCCUCUUCUUCACGACUUCAAGAACACAAAGUUUUAUUUGAGCGUUCCAACACAUAACACCAAAUAGACAAGAAAAAUUGAAGUCCCUAAAGAGUAUAGCCUUGCCAAACAACGACGAUGACACAAUACAGUAGUAAAGCUUAAUUUCCUUUCUUGAAAAAAAAAAUAUGAGGCAGGGGAUUCUGUUUAUGAAUCUUAAACAACCAUUUGGGCUCAUUCAUUAAUGUGGACUAUCAUUUUUUGUGGCAAAAGAAGGCUUUUUAUUGUACAAUAAACUGAUGAUAGGCAGACUGUCAGCAGCUCUUGAAUGAACCUUCUUCAGAAUAUGUUUUUGAAAUUGACUUUGUUUUCUACUUCCUUUUAGCUCUAUUUUUGAAUUUUAGUUCAAGAUUUA